AGUUUGGAUAUGGCAAAGACCCGUCGUGUAAUUUACCUUUUCCUAAUUAGUAUUCUCAUUUUCUGCGAACUCAUCAACGGGGCGCAGGGUAGUCGUUUGAGGUGUCAUCAUCAAGAAGAUUUUUCAUGUAAGAAACGUUCAAGCCAUCACCAUCAUCAUCAUCAUCAUCAUCAUCAUCAUCAUCAAGAUCAUCAUCGUCAAAGAAGCAUCAAGACGAAGAGGAGCAAAGAUAAUUAUGGUGUUGAUGCUUUCAGGCCUACCGAACCAGGUCACAGCCCCGGUGUUGGCCACUCUAUCAAGACCUGACGAAACUAGAAUUUAUCAAUCUUGAAUCUUGAUAUGUAUCUCUUUCUCCUUUAUAUCUUGCCUACCUUUGUUCCAUUGACCUAAUGAGCAUGUGAGUCAUGUUGUUUCCUCAUAUUGUAAAUAGUAGAUUUUUAUUGUGGCUUAGUCGUCUCUCAAUAAUUGUUGUCGUUUCAUAAUGUUAUA